GUACGUUGUCAUCGUUCAUCCCCAGAAACAGGGCUUGACGAAGAAGAAGGCACUGCUGGUGAUCCUGGGUGUGUGGAUCGCCUCAGCAGCCAUCAUGGCCCCUCAGGCAGUCGUGUCGUAUGAGAAAGAAGUCCUGUACGAGAACCACACGUUCCACAUCUGUGGCGAGUUCUGGCCAUCUUCGACUUCCCGCCAGAGCUACACGGCCGCGUUGUUCAGCCUGUGCUACAUCAUACCAUUGGUGGCAAUCAGCUUACUGUACUCCAAGAUCGCGACCAAAGUCUGGUUCAAGCCACCCCCGGGAGCAGCUGACGGCAACUCGCGGGGUACCAGCGGCGAGAAGGCAUCAUCGGUCCCCGUCGGCGUCGCCGCCUGCAGGAUGAGAGUCGUCCGCAUGGUCAUCGCGCUCGUCGUGGUGUUCGCGACCACCUGGAUGCCGCUCUACAUCUGCUGGCUCCUGGAGGACUUCGGCAACCUGAGCCUUCGGCAGCAGAUCAACCUCCACCACUACGUCUACCCGACUGCCCACCUGGUGGCCUAUGCCAACAGCUUCAUCAACCCGCUCGUGUACGGGUUCUUCACCACGAACUUCAGGCAGCAUUUCAACCAGACGUUUCGAAAGGCGACGGGUUCACGGCCAAUGUCGCUGGCCACGACCAUGAUCCGCCGGCACAAAGCAAUGGACGACGUGCAGACCGGCACGGCACACUCCACCCCUAUGACAAGCCUGAAGGUGAAC